AUGUGCUUCAUUGAGAAACAGAUGCUGAAUUGUUCUUUGUGUGGUGGGCCCGCCAUUCCGUACAUUGUCCUCCUUGGAUGCCCUUUUGGCCAGAAAUGGGGUGACUGCAGUUGGGUUUUUGAGACUGUUGUUAACGUUACUAGAUCGCACCGUUCUUGUGCUGCACUUGACCAACUCUGCCGUGAUGCUCGUAUGGGCAUCACUACGGAUGCUCACCCAGCUCCUGUUCACGUUGACACUCGUAUGGACGUUGAUCCUCUCGCCGCUCCAUCUUUCACCACACUGGCUCGUACGACAUCGCUAGUUCCUGCUUAUGCUCACUCUUUUCCCGCUAGUUGGACUGCUGGCAGUGCCAAUGGCCUAUCAAGUGUUUUGACUUUGGCUACUCAACACCGUGACUUGCUCGUUCGCAUGGUCGAGGAGAUGGUCCCUACUGUCCAGGAUCUCCGCACAUCCAUCGCUCCCGUCGACUUCCGUCUCGCUCGCGUCAUCCAGUGGUCUGAAAACUGGAUAGCUGGUAUGGUCAUCGCUGCCAACUCUCACAUCUCAAAUGUCCACUCUGCCGAAUUCGAGAUCGCCAAUAACACUUCCUGGGCCGCUCAAGCCUCUAUCGACAUCACUAACAUUGAAGCUGGACUCGUCAACCAGACCGACCCCUUUGAGGGCGCAAUAGUCUGGCACAGAAGAUUCACUGACUUGUUUAUUCACCUUAGACGUGUUGCUGGUCAACUGUCGCCACCAAGACCUGUUACUGAGUCACCCCCACCGGUCAUGAGAAGACGUGGUGCUACUGCUGGACUCGAGGAGAUUAUUGCUAAUGACCACUCUGACUUUUUGCCGCAGCCUUCGUUUUAUCUGCCUGAGGGUGCGCUUUCUGAUGACGGUGAGUCUUCCGGUAGUUCUCACGACAAGGAGCAGGCCGAGUACAUGGAAUUUGAUGAGUAG